AUGGGCCAUCGAGGAUUCGGUCAGGCAAGUAGACUAUCCAAGGUAGAGCAGCCAUCAAAGAAAGAAAAUUGUUAUUCUCGCGCUCCUAAUCUUAACGCGCGCAACUAUUUCGAGGAAAUGGCACCAGUCAAUGGCAUGAGAGAACUUACCGAGGAACAACUCUCUGAAGCGCAAGCGCGCCGUGACGAGUUCCGAGACGAAGUUUCCAAAAGAAUGGGAGAUAUGCUACUUCGGGGGGUGACAAUGCUGGAUGCUUACUGUGAAGUUUGCAAUGGUAUUCUUAUGGAGGACAGGAAUGGAGUACGCACCUGUGUUACCUGUGAACUUUUUGCUGAACGCACAAAGGAAGGAUCUCGCCUCAUCGCUGAAGUUCCGUUGGACGCCACUGCCGAUGGAGUCAUUCCCGGAAACAGCUUAUUAGCAUCAGAUGAACAGCCUUCUCAACGUCGAAACGUGGUAUCUAUGAUGAAUGUGGACAGAAAAGAAUGGGCAGGUGACGAAUUGCAGUCGCGUAGGUCGGCACCUAUAGUUAAAUCAAGGGAAUCAACACCGAACGCUCCUGCAACUUCCAACGUCCACAAUAAUCCGACCUUACUAGAUGGCUAUAAUGCCGCACUGCUGGCUGUUGAUCGAAAGUUGAAGUGGGCAAGUGAGAAAGUCGAUCAUAGUGAGAAUGUGGCAGAAAUUCGAGAAAUGUUCGCUUUGAUAAACGAAGGGAUGAAAAUUAUCAAAUCCAUGAAAUUAGAUGAGAACUAA